AUGGUGCAGAAGAAGCUUAACGACAUGUCGAACGGCUCUACAAAGUACCAACAAUCUAAUAUGGCAUUUCAGAGGAAGGACGUGUCGCUAGCUCGGGGAGGGAGUGUAGGUAAGAGUGAGGGACGGGCACAGAAUGGCAAUGCCAGUUCCUUUAGAACAGACGGCGCGAUCUCCAGUGGCAGAACCCAGGGAGAGCGUCCUCUUCAGAGAUGGGUCCCUGACAGCCCCGAGGAAACGGAUGGGUCGUUGGAGUCGAUGCAGCUGAAAUCCUCCGGAGCUGCCCCAUGGGACCAGUUUGCGGAGCACGAGCGCCGAUGGGGUGUCACCACAGAUUAUGACGAGAAUAUCUACACGACGACGAUCGACAAGAACCACCCCCAAUACAAGCAGCGACUCGCAGAAGCCGAGAGGAAGGCUAGAGAGAUUGAGCGCAGCGCAGCUUCCAAUUCUCAUGUUGCGGAAGAGCGCGUCACAGACAACCUUGCAAGCGAUGACAAUGGACCUGAUGAAGAGGACAAAUACAGUGGUGUUCGCAGACAGGACUUCCCCCCCCUUUCCGCCUCAACCAACAAGUACACUCCACCUGCAAGACGCGCCCCUACCGGACAAGCUACCGUCACUGGCGCACCAGUUGACCCUGCCAUCAUAACCUCGCAGCUUGCCCGUCCUGAGAAGCCGGCUGCAGAGAAGAAGGCAUCCCCAGCCCAAAAGGCGUCCAAGUCAGAGCUGGCUACUCCUCCGACCACAACUGGAUCGAGCGCUGCCGCUACCCCUGAGCCAAAGCCCGCGGUGCCCAAGUCAACUUCCACUAGCCGCAAUGCGUCUCCGCAGAUCAAGUCGGAAGCCGCACCAAAUGCAACCGCCACGGUUGAGCGUGAUGUGACCACAGCAUUCAAAAGCUUUGCUAAUCAGCAGCGAAGGAAUGUUGAGCUGUCCCGCGCGAACAAGCUCAAGAACGACAAAGAGAUCAAGCUGAAUGACUUGAAGAAGUUUGCUGAUAGCUUUAAGCUCAACACACCAGUCCCCUCUGAUCUCGUCUCGAUCAUUGCAAAGGAUCCCGCCAAGCAGAAGGAGAUCCAGGAGAAGGCGAAGCGCAACGCUGAGGAAUCCAAGACCAACCCUUCGGAGGCUGCCAAACCCAUCACCCCAGCCUCUGAUGCCAGGCCGGCCCAGCGCCCAGUUCCUGCAACCCAUGGAGCAUCGCCAGCAAACGUUCCCAGUCGACAGAACCCCAGCCGCGGCCCAGGAGCUGCCCAUCAAGGUCAACAUACCUCGCAAUCCUUCCGGGAUCGAUCCUCCCAAGGCCAGCAACAACAGGUGCCGGUUCAGCAGAAUCGCACGCCAGGAAAUCUGGGGGCCCGUUUGAGGAACAUGGAGCAGCAGAAACAAGCUCAGGUUCCAUUGAAUCUCGCCCCAACCCACGAGACGCGGCUCCCUCCAACUGGCCCAUCUAACGCCAUGGAUCCCAAUUUCUCUCGACGAUCCAGCGGUGUUGCAAGUGCGCAAGGAGGAAGACUCAACCCCAACAGCAGCGAGUUUCGUCCAAGCCCGCACGCUGCCACAUUCAACCCGAAUAGUCACACCAGCACGGGAUCCAGCCCUCGCUCUGCUGCAACCACGGUUGAGCACACCCCAGUCCCACGGUCGCUGCUCAAACGCAAACCGAUUGCCAGCGCCGAGCGGCCAUCUCUCAAGAGCAAGCUCAACGCAUUGGAGCACAUCAUGACCAUCAAGCCCGGUCCCGAGAAGAAUUGGAAGUAUACUGGUGGCUUGAAGCCUGCUUAUGAUACCCCUCCACUCUGGAGACAAGUAGCCGACGACGAAAAAUCGGACUCGACGAUGCACUUGACAUAUACCAAAUUGUUUGAGAUGACACCCUUCCCAACGCAGACCAUGUCGCCACCGAACCCUUCUCAUGCCGCUCCUCAAGUCCCACAUCAGCACCAGCUGCCCUUCCAUCUCCAACAAGGCGUUCACAACAUGGGCCCACGGCAAUCGCCCCGACAGCCACCCAUGAACCUUCCUGGGAACCAGCAUGGCCAUGGCCCAACUCCCCCUUUCGGCGGACCCGAAGACCAUCGCAUGAUGCCAUCUCAGUCUGCACAAUCCUUUGCCUCGCCUCGUCUCCAUAACGUUUCCAUGGCCUUCCCAUCCCCCAUGAACCAGCCUGCACAACUAGCAUACAAUGGCCAGAUGAUGCCAUAUCCAGGAGCGCCACCAAUGCAGCCCUUCCGCUCACUCUCUCAGAGCCAUCAAUUCGGCCCCCAACAGCCUCAUAUGGCACCAGCGAUUAUGAUGCAGAAUCCUGCGGGUGGUUUUAUGACCUCUCAAGGCAUGGCUCCUGGGCCCCAGAUGAUGUACCCUCAGGGCGGGCAGGGCCACUUCAUGGCGCAAGGAAAUGGCCACCCGCCUGCAAUGCCUGGUGUCAACGGUUAUCCCAGCCCUGGAAGGAGCGCCCCGAUGAUGAUGAGCCAAGGCUCGCAGCAGGGCCACCAACAGCCUCCUAUGUUCAAUAUGAACCCUGGUAUGAGUCCCGGUCCGCAGUACGGAAAUGCAGCACCCAUCUACCCUCAACAGCCGCCGCUACAAAUGUCGGGUCGUAAUGCAUACAAUGGUCCUGGCUACGCAACAAGCCCUCAACAGAUGCACCAAUUUGGACCGCAGCAUCGCAAUAAUCACCCAAAUGGAAAUUACAAUAACAAGAACUUCCAGCAGCAUGGCCAACACCCUAAUGGACCACCGAACAACCAAAUCCCAAACGGACCUCAGGCACGAGUUUCCGAGGGUGGCGAUGAGACGAAAUGA